CGCUGAGGUGGGAGCGGGGCGCGCGGGGCGCGCGGGGCGGGCGGGGCGGCUCCCUUCCGCUGGGCGCUAACUUCGGGGUGUGGCAGGGCGAGUGCGGGGCCUGCCGCCCGCCGCCCGGGCUGGGGUCCCCGCGAGAGCCCCGCCCCGCUAGCCCGAGUGUGGGCGAGCGGCCCCGCCCCGCACGUUCCCUGCCGCCCGCCGGGCCGGGCCGGGCGCCCCAAGACCGCUCAAGUCCCCUAGGGCUUCCUAAGGGGGAGCGGCGCCCGACGCCCGCCAUGUCCGCGAAGCGGAAGCGUGUGGUGUUGACUAUUAAAGAUAAACUCGACAUAAUAAAGAAACUCGAGGACGGGGGCUCGUCCAAGCAGCUGGCGGUGGUGUACGGGAUUGGCGAAACCACAGUUAGGGACAUAAGGAGAAACAAGGAGAAGAUUAUAACGUACGCGAGCAGCUCCGACUCCACGAGCCUGCUGGCCAAGAGGAAAUCCAUGAAGCCGUCCAUGUAUGAGGAGCUAGACAGAGCGAUGCUGGAAUGGUUCAACCAGCAGCGAGCGAAAGGCAACCCCGUAUCCGGGCCGAUUUGUGCCAAACGCGCAGAGUUCUUUUUCUACGCUUUGGGGAUGGAUGGCGACUUUAACCCUUCUGCCGGGUGGUUAACGCGCUUCAAGCAGCGGCACAGCAUUAGGGAGAUUAACAUCAGAAAUGAAAGGUCCGGUGGAGAUGACUCUGCCGUGGAAGACUUUUGUAAGAGUUUCAGAGAUUUUAUCGAACGCGAGAAUUUGCAGCCGGAGCAGAUCUACAAUGCGGAUGAGACUGGGCUGUUUUGGAAGUGCCUGCCUUCCAGGGCUGCCCUAACUAAAGGUAAACGCUCUGUCCCUGGGCACAACUCGGCUGAAGAAAGAGUCACUGUUAUGUGUUGUACCAACGCAACAGGCCUACACAAACUAAAACUUUGCGUUGUGGGCAAAGCAAGGAAACCUCGCUCCUUCAAGUCGACUGACACCUUAAACCUGCCAGUCUCUUAUUUCAGCCAAAAAGGGGCAUGGAUGGAUCUCUCCAUUUUCCGGCAAUGGUUCGAUAAGAUUUUUGUGCCUCAGGUUCGAGAGUACCUGAGAUCUAAAGGCUUGCAGGAAAAAGCUGUGCUCUUGCUGGAUAAUUCCCCAACACAUCCAAAUGAAAAUGUCCUGAGGUCAGACGAUGGCCAAAUCUUUGCAAAAUGCUUACCACCUAACGUAGCCUCAUCGAUUCAGCCCUUGGAUCAGGGAGUCAUAGCAACUAUGAAAAGAAAUUAUCGCGCAGGUCUUCUCCAGAACAAUUUGGAAGAAGGUAAUGACCUGAAAUCAUUCUGGAAGAAGCUGACUCUGUUGGAUGCACUUUAUGAAAUAGCAAUGGCGUGGAACUUGGUAAAGCCGGUUACCAUCAGCAGAGCUUGGAAACAGAUUCUUCCUGCCAUAGAGGAAAAAGAAGGUUUGGACUUUGACGAGGAAGAUAUUUCUGGGGCUACUGUGGCCACCAUUUUACAGCAUACCAAAGGACUGGAAAAUGUGACUCCUGAAAAUGUGGAGAAGUGGCUUGAGAUUGACAGUACCGAGCCAGGUUACGAAGUAUUAACCGACAGUGAGAUCAUCAGAAGGGCCCAAGGCCAGACAGAUGAAUCCAGUGAAAACGAUGAUGAGGGAAUUGAACUGAUUCCAGAGAAACAAAUAAAUCAUACAGCUGCUCUCCAGUGGACUGAGAAUUUAUUAGAUUAUCUAGAACAACAAGGUGAUAUGAUUCUACCUGACAGACUGGUAAUACGAAAACUUAGAGCCACCAUCAGAAAUAAACAGAAGAUGACAAACCCAAAUCAAUAGAAGCAUUUGAAUUUUAUCACUGUUAUGAUAAUUGUAUUUGUGUGACACUUUGAGAUGUGGAUUAAUUUUCCUAGAGUUCUACAUUGUCAAACCUAGUCCUAUGAAAUAACAUAAAAAUGUAACAAGUGGUUUGAGGAUUAUGUGUAUUAUUCCCUUGUUUGUUAAAACAACUAUUUCUACAUAGAUAUAAAUGACACAUACUCAUAUAUUUGUUUCUGUAAAUCAGUGAUCUAAUGGCAUUCCCUACAUUUUCUAGCUUUAAAAAAGUAUAGAGAGUGAGCACUUUCCUAAAUUCUUCUGCUUGAAUUGAGGGCUGCAAUAGCAAUCUUUUCUUGUACUAACUAUCUUAAGUGGUUAUCUGGUUUUUGUAUUUGUAUAGGCUGAGAAGUAAAUGACCAGGAUGAUAUAUAUUAAUUUAAAAAUGAAGUUCAGUAAUGAUGGUGGAAAUAGUCUAUGAAUUAUAAAAAUAACUUAAAAUCAUAUUUCUGUUUUCUUACAUUUUUGUGGGUGAAAAUAUAAUUUUGGAAAUGAUUUAUAUGUAGGAAGUAAUUAUUAAAUGAGAGAAACUGGAAAGCUGGUUUAUGAGAGGUAUUUUGAUCUGUUCAUUUGGAAAAAACUUAAAAAUUUGGGAAACAUUAAGUUUAUUUAUACAAGGAAAAAAGGAUUUUUAAAUUUUUGAGUUGGAUAACAACAUAGAAUUAUUUAUUUACCUAAUUUUUCAUAAAUGUUUUUAAUUUUUACAUGUGAUAAUAUGAACUCCCACUAAUAUUUGGGAAACAUCUGAAAUUUGAAAUUUAAUUUUUUUACUGAAUAUUUAGAAAUAUCUAUAACUUGAAAAUUUUGUCAUACUUGGCUGAUUUUAUUUGAUAUGAAAAAAUAAAGCUUUUAUUUUAGAUAAAUCAUAUGUUUGUAUUCUGUUUUUUGAAGAAAGAAAAAUAGGUAGGAAGUGUUAGAGAUAAUUGUUUUGACACAAAAAGGAAUCCUGUAAUUUGUUCUAAGAGUUUUGACCGAUUUUUAAAAUUCUGUUUAUCCAUGAUAUUGAAAAUAGUUUUCAUAUGUUAAGAUUACUAUAAUUUAAGAGAAAAUAUUUUAUAGCAUGUCUGGGCUCAGAAUUUACUAAAAGAAAUAGAAUUGUCACAGUUUUGAAUAUUUUGUUUUUACCAUUGGUUGUCUUGGGCUUCUAAAACUUUUAAAAAGAUUUUUAAUCAUCCCAUAAUUUCUGUUAUCUUUGUUUUAUAUAUAUACAUAUAUAUGUAUACAUACAUAUAUAUAUGUCUGUGUGUGUCUAGAUUUUUCAAAGUACUAAUUUAUGAUAAAAAGUAUUCUAAAUUGUGUUUGUUGUAUUAAUUCUGAGUGCCUAGUGGAAAAAAAAGCAUUAGAAGUCAACAUGCAUAUUGAAUUAGAUUAAAAUAUUAAUUAAAUUGCAUAUAGAAUACCUUUUAUAAAAUGCAAAUACACACUAAAAAGUCUCUUGAUUGUUUUUCCUGGAUUUACUUUUUUCGUGUGAAAUGCAGCUGUAUCAUUGCCACCUAGUGGUCAAGUCAGCCUUACUGUAAACAAGUAAAAAGUUCACUGUG